CCGUGUCUGGGGCUCAGCCAGAGCUGUGAGAGGCUGUUAUUUAGGUCUGUUACAGCAGACAGAGAGCAGCUCACCCAAGGGCAGGGGAGAGAGUCCGAGUCACGCUCAGCUCAGCUCAGCUCAGCCAGGCUGGAACCAGAUCUGCAUUCCAGCUGAGGGGGAACGAAGGGAAACUCCAGCAUCGGCAGGAAAGAGCAGCAGAGGGAGUGACAGCGAGAGAUAAGUGAAGACAGAGAGGGGAAGGCAGCAGACCCCGCGAGCUGUUGCUGCUGUUUGUUGUUUGUUGUUGUCACUGCCUCCGCGAGUGACGCGCGCGCUGGACGCAGGCAGGACCGAGGGCUCGGAGUGAUUUAUUUUUUUGCUGAGGGGCGGGGGUGGGUGGGUGCCAUGUUCGACUGUAUGGAGGCUCUGGGAAUGGGCCCCCGUCAGCUCUAUGAUGUCACCAGCCGGGGUGCAUGCAUGCUGCGGAAGGCGAGCCCCUUCUUUGCGGGGCUGGACCCCUUCGCGUGGACGGGCAGUGCCAGUGUUCAGUCGGUGGAGACCCAGAGCACCAGCUCAGAGGAGAUGGUACCCAGUUCUCCGUCUCCACCUCCCCCACCUCGUGUCUACAAGCCCUGCUUUGUGUGCCAGGACAAGUCCUCAGGGUACCACUACGGGGUCAGCUCCUGCGAGGGCUGCAAGGGUUUCUUCCGCCGCAGUAUCCAGAAGAACAUGGUGUACACCUGCCACCGAGACAAGAACUGUCAGAUCAACAAGGUCACACGCAACCGUUGCCAAUACUGCAGGCUGCAGAAGUGCUUUGAGGUCGGCAUGUCCAAGGAAGCGGUGCGUAAUGACAGAAACAAGAAGAAGAAGGAUGUGAAGGAGGAGUUGGUGCUACCAGAGAGCUAUGAGCUCAGUGGAGAACUCGAGGAGUUGGUCAAUAAAGUCAGCAAAGCUCACAAAGAAACCUUCCCGUCACUUGGCCAAUUGGGCAAAUAUACCACCAACUCCAGCUCAGACACCCGUGUCCAGCUGGAUCUGGGUUUAUGGGACAAGUUCAGUGAGCUCUCCACCAAAUGCAUCAUCAAGAUUGUGGAAUUCGCCAAGCGGCUGCCAGGUUUCACCACCCUCACCAUCGCUGACCAGAUCACUCUCCUUAAGUCGGCCUGCCUGGACAUACUGAUGCUGAGGAUCUGCACACGCUACACUCCAGAGCAGGACACGAUGACCUUCUCAGAUGGCCUGACUCUGAACCGAACUCAGAUGCACAACGCCGGCUUCGGGCCUCUCACAGACCUGGUGUUUGCCUUUGCUGGCCAGCUUCUCCCCCUGGAGAUGGACGACACAGAGACUGGCCUCCUCAGCGCCAUCUGCCUCAUCUGUGGAGACCGUAUGGAUCUAGAGGAGCCCCAGAAAGUGGAUAAGCUGCAAGAGCCUCUACUUGAGGCUCUGAAGAUCUACGCCCGCCGCCGCCGCCCCAACAAGCCUCACAUGUUCCCCCGCAUGCUGAUGAAGAUCACCGACCUCAGAGGCAUCAGCACUAAGGGUGCAGAGAGAGCCAUCACUCUGAAAAUGGAGAUCCCAGGGCCAAUGCCUCCUUUGAUCAGGGAGAUGCUGGAGAACCCAGAGGCCUUCGAAGACCAAACAGAGGACAACGAGAGCCCACCACCUCCGCCACCGCCGCCGCCACCUCCACCACCAGCCCAGGUCAAGCAGGAGGCUGAGGAUGAGGACGACAGCUGGGCCACAGAGAACGGCAGCGAGCCGUCGCCGGAGGAGGAUGAAGACGACGAUGACGACGUGGGGGAUGAAGAUCGAGACAGGGGCUCGGACAGUGAUGGGGAGCCUUGGGGCGUUCUGGAUGCCAUAGAUGGGUCGAGGAAAGGCAUUGUUGGGAGGGCGCAGUGAACAGAGCAUUUCAAACAUACACACGCUCAUGCACAUACAGGUUCAAACACACACACACACACACACACGUAUACACAAACUCAAAAAUGCAUUGAGACGAACAACACAACCUCACUCACUCUCCCACCUCAACAGAAUGCUGGCCUUCCCUCGUACUGCACAUCACUGUGUCCUCCACAGCAGAGCCUUAUGUGUACAAACACUUCUAACUCAGGCCCCAUGGUCCAUGACAAGUGAGCGACAGAACAACAAAGUAACGGAGAGAUGACAGUCAAUCUUCUGAACUCCGGGCAUAGCCAAGAGGCGAGUUGCCGUGUCAAACCGAACCUCUUUGAGAAAGCUUCAUCGCUCUUUUUCUUCCACUGUUGUUGUUUGUAUGGAACAAGGGGAGGGGCCAAACCAGACCCAGAACUGAGCAGUUGAUUCCGAUGGAUUACAACAAGCACAUUUCUCAAAAGACAACAAGAGUACAGGGCAAAACCAAAUUGAGUAUGCUAAUCUUUUGUUUUUGUGGUUAUUGCUUUUGAAUAUUGCUUUCAAUUUUACUUUUUUUCAAUUUAUGAAUAAGUCCAUACAUAUUGAUAUACCCUUAUAUUUUUGUCUUUAUUUGUUAUUCUGGUUUUAUAUAUGAAUCCUUUUAGACACGUUUUUUUUUCCUUGAAGAGCUUUCCUGAGAAGAUAUUCUGAUGGAAAGAAGGGUAAUCAGAACUGGCGGGGUCUUCCUUAUCAGUUACAUAUGCUUCGCUGGGGCUUUUUUGGGCACUUUGGCUCACUGUGGAUGUCAAUGAUAAUCAACCCAGAGGACUAUUGUUUUGUUGCAGUGACUUAAUCAGUUUCUGUUAUCAGGGAAUUGGCAUUAUUCUCGUUGCAGCCGACUAAUGCUGUCAGUGCUGAAAGUAAGUAUCUUUGUGCCAAAGUUAGGAAGAGUCAUCUUGGGACCAUUAGUUUGACUACUGGCCAGGAUGCCAUUCACCAUCCAGCGAUCCUCACAGUGGCACGGUCACUCACACAUGCACUAACACACAAACACACAGGUCAUACACACCCACUCCGCUCCCACUACCCUCAGCUGUAGCAGAUACCUGGCAUUGAGUGCCCCGGGCAAGAGAUUUACACUUGACCGAAUAUGCAGCACUUUUGUGAUCCUCAAUUCCAGUAAGGUCACAUCUCGUCCGCCGAGAGUAAAGCUGCUGUCUGGGCGCUUGUAUUCCCGUCAGCAUGUCCAAGUGAUGACCGCAUCAACACACACAAUACAAUCAACCUUAGAGCACUCCCCGAUGAUGUCAGUUGACAAAUGCACACUUUCAGCAAGGACAAAAAGCAUUCAUACAUAGCAGCAUCAUGCAUCAACACAACGAUCCAAGACAUAUGCAAGUCGAAAGCAGGAAUCUUCAUGGAAGACAUUUUGGAUUCAGACUCAGGGCUUUUCAGUAAGGACCAAACUCGCUGCAUUCAGGCUCGCUAGAAACAGGCAAUAUUUGUGUGUGUAUUCUUCACUCUGUUUUGAUCAGCGCAACUCUUCUGCGUGUACAUAGAAGGUGACGAGUCUGAGAAUCAGCAUGGGUGCCAGCCUGACUCUCCCACAGGGGAACGUUUCAUCGUAGUCAUCGUCACUGCCCCCCCCCUGCCUGUGCUGGUGCUGGCAUCCAAGCAGCAAACUGCCUUCUCAUCCCAAAAGCCAUUAUAUCGUCUUGUCUUCUUGUGUACAUUCUCACUCCUUUAAUGAGCUGUGGAGGAUUUUGUGUUCUCAUGUAUCGUUUCUUUAUUGCCAAAAUGUCUCAGAGCGUGGCUGGUAUACAGUACAGAGGGUUUUUUUCUGUCUCUUUGAAGCAAUAUGAACAUUCUUUCUGUAGCGGCGAGAGGUCCCAUCUUCUGGAUAUGGGCAUGUCUCUUCAGUUUGUGUGUAUGCGUGUGGGCAUGUGUGUGUGUGUGAGUGACUGAGUGUGUGAGAGAGUGCUAUGACAUGUUUUGAGUCAUUAGGUGAAUGACCACAUCCCCUCUCUCUCUGCUGGGCUGUCAUGAUGUUGAUGAUGGUAAUGCAGGCAGAACUUUGAGAUUAUGUUUUAUGUUUUUGUUUUUCAUCAUGGCCAAGGUGUUGUCCACUCUCUGUUUAUGUCAACUCUUGUCAUACAAAGAAAAGCCAUAUAAACAGUAAGAGGCACAAUAAACUACUUUUGUGAGAUUA